AUGUCGACAGCAACUCCAUCAAAUGUCCUUAUUACAUCGUUAAAAUUAAUACAAACAGAUAUAUUUCGCAUUGGUGGUCUAAUUUUAAUCGUUUUUGGUACAAUCAGUUGUUUACUCAGUUAUAUCAUAUUCAGAGAAAAAAAUCUACGUAAAAGUCCUUGUACAAUAUAUUUUCUGUCAUUUAAUUUAUCUAAUUUUUUACUUAUAUAUUCAUCACUAUUGCCUGUAAUGCUUGAAACAGGUUAUAAUAUUAAGCCAAGAUCAUUUGCUUUUAUUCAAUGUCGUUUUCGUCUUUAUGCAGUGUUAUUGUUCGAUUGCUUAAGUUCAUUGUAUUUAAUUCUGGCUUCGAUUGAUCGCAUGUGUGUUACGUCACCAAAUGUUCAUAUACGAAAUCGAAGUAAUAGUCGGCUUGCUUACAAGUCUAUUAUAAUUGGUACAUUAUUUUGGAUGAUAUUUACUAGUCAUGCAUUAAUCUUUCGAGAAAUUGUACCAAGUACGGCGAAUGGUAUUGUUUGUAAUUUUAAACCAGGUAUUUAUAUGAUAUUCCUAGCUUACUAUGCAUUGAUUAAAGGAAUUUUGAUGCCUUUUCUUAUGAUACUCUUUGGAUUAUUGGCUAUUAAAAAUAUUCGACGUUUACGUUGUAUUAAUGUUGCUACUGUUGUUACUAACUGCAGAAAUAAUUCAUAUGCUCCAUCGUCAAAAGAUAGAAAACUUAUCCAUAUGGUACUCAUGAAUAUUAUUGUGUAUGUUAUUUUUGAUUCAAUGAUGACAUUAUACUUUAUGUACGGGCAAAUUACACAAUAUUAUACAAAGAGUGAUUUACAAAAACAGAUAGAUAGUCUCUUGCAAACAACCGCGACAUUGGGUCUUUACAUUCGAGUUUGUAUUUGUGGUUAUAUUAAUUUACUCGUUUCAAGAACUAUUCGUCAGCAGAUACGAAAAAUAUUUUUAAGGAGAAGAGUUUUUCUUUAA